AUGCCCCCGUCCGUUACCCCUCAGGUGCCGCCCCCGCCUUCACCAUCACAAGAGGACAGCAGUGCCUCGCGGAGGGAUGCAGUCCGGCGGAAGACUGCGCAGUACCUGGCGCGCGCGGAGCAAAUAUACGAGCACCGACUGGCGAGACGAAUGGAAGGCGAGCGGAGGUGGUCCCUAAGUCAGGGUCCCGAGGUUCUGGAGUCCUGUGCUCCUGUUCCUGGGAGCACUUCAGCACCUACGUGGGGUCCAGGCCUGAGGGGGCCUGUUCAGGACCUGAAACACUACAAGGUCAUUGGUGUCGUUGGCACCGUGCUUCUCGUCUUGGAUAUGCGGCGGAGUCAGACUUUCGUCAUCAAGGUGCUGCACAAGAGUCCCGGAGGCUCAUCGGCGGGUCGCCCUAGUGUGGUGCCUCAGGGUGUGCCCCACAUGGCCCAGCUGCUGUGCCUCUAUGAGACUGACUGCUCGUACUUCCUUGUGCUGGAGUACGCCCCGGGCGGCCGCCUCUGGGACUGCCUGGCACCGUAUUUCACGAACCAGCUGCCUUUUCCCAACCGUGCUCGCGAGGUGUCCUACACGGGUUCCCCUUCGUCUCCCUCGAAUGGGUCACCGGCAUCUCCCUGCUUGCCGAGUGGCCAACCUGUACCUCUGCCUCCCUCAGAAUGUGAUUUUGCUAUUGCUUGCUCAGAAUCUCAAGCCUCAAUCUCUGGUGCAUCGGUUGUAUCCGCCCUAGCCGGGACGUCUCCAAUCAAAGGAGGCGUUGUUUCAAACGAUCAAGCAUUGGUCAGCACCACCGAUGCGUCUAGAGUACAAACAGACACCAACGAAAAUUCGUUACGUUUGCCAUCCGUCGUGAAUGUGACGCCAUCUCAAGACAGUGCAGAUCUUUCCAAAGGUCCAAAUAACUGUGAUGCCGGCUUGGAGAAGCCCAUGACAAUCCUGACCAUCGACAGCCCGAACAAAAAGCAGUUGAGUUGUAACAAAAACAGGAGUCAAGUGGUGGGUCGGUCUCUAGAGAACAUUGUUGGUAGGAAAAAUGCUCUCAACUUGCCAGUCUCCAAGGCAGAAAGUCACAGUUAUUCCGGGGAGUAUUCGACUAAUGAGGAGGCUCAGAAGGAUGUUCCCAAGAGCGCGGGCAGCCCCAGGAAGCCAGCAAAGCGGUCGUUGUCGUCGCAAGCUGCCGAGGCAUUCCGUGAGCUCGACAGCCUCUCCAAGCAACUAGCUAAGCCAAGCCACCUGCCGGAGGCCUGUAUCCGGCUUUGGGCUGCAGAAAUAGUGGUGGCGCUCGGUCACCUGCAUCAACUGGGUGUCAUUCGGCAGGACCUUUGUCCGCAUGACGUCCUUUUGGGAGAAGGAGGUCACGUGGUCCUCACGUACAGCUGUUACUUCAACUGCGUUGACCGGUCACCCAGUCAGUUCGCUCGGGAGAAUCAGUAUUGUGCUCCAGAAAUCGACAACUUGGGUCCCGUGACACCAGCAUGUGACUGGUGGAGUUUUGGAGCGCUGUUGUACGAGCUCUUUGCUGAAGCUCCACUGAUCUUAUGCCAUCCCGGUGGUGUUACACCAAGCACUCGCCUUUAUAUUCCUGCCCAUGUUUCUGCUGAAGCUGCAGACUUGUUGGAAAAGCUCUUGGCAUACCACGCUCAUCAGCGUCUCGGCCACGGUCCCACUGGCACCGAAGACGUCAAAUGUCACCCCUUCUUUGCCACGAUUGACUGGAAAAGAAUGAGUCUACCGAGGUGAACCGUGUAACCCGAAAGUCUCGGUCGCGAUUUCUGCGUUCUUCAUCGCCGCAUUCAUGUCACUCAAGACCUCUCAUUUGGGACUGAUGUGUAAAGAAGUCAUAGUUGUUUCCAUCCACCACUCACCAGAGACGCAUUUGGAAUGUCAACAUUGGACUGCUUCGCUUGAAACCAUUCUCUUCUCAUGAGUGAUAAUCCUCGUGGGCAGAAUAGCCAUCAUCAUGGUACCAUGUGUCACGUAUGUUCAGUUUGCUGAUGCGUUGUUUAUUUGUUGUGCUCAUCAGAAACUCGCUGCUGGGUUGCGUCCCUGCACAUUGUCUCGUUGUUGGUGCCUUGGUGAUUGACCGCCAGCGGCAACAUUGGAAACAAAGGUGUCUGUGAUCGUGUCUGAUGCGUUUUGGAAUGUCUGAGGCAGGUAUCAGUUAAACCUCAGUAAGGCAAACUUUAAAGUAACAAAAUUCUUGACAUACCGAAGUGGUUAGAAUUUUAUAGCUUAGUGUUCAUAGAAUGGCACAUAUUAGUGACCUCGCUAUAAUGAAGCGCGUUUAUCCACAAUUACAGUACGAUGAAGUUUCACUGCUGCCGCAAAGGAAGACCGAGGCAGUAAACUGAAACUUCUGUGGGUACCAGUAGACAAAUGGCAAAGUUGCACGUUGUUUCUGCAAACACAUUUUUCAAAUUGCGUCCCGCGCGACCAAUAGCGUAGCCAAAAUUUGUUUUUUUGGGGU